AAACACCACGAAGAGCGGUGUCAGUAUGGUAUUCAAGAUCGCACUUCCAGUUAUAACAUUCCUGCUGACACUCACAUGCAUAUAUCUCGUCUGCAUAUGCAAGCAAAAAGGGAUACAAGUAAACAAGGAAACCCUGAAAAAACCGGCCCUGAAACACCUGAGCACUUCGCAAGAAGUUUGGGAUCAAAAUUUAGAAUUCCAGUCUAUUAUGUUCGAAGACAUUGCUGCUGCAACAAACAGUUUCCAUGACACAAACGUACUUGGAAAAGGAGGUUUUGGCAAAGUCUAUAAGGGAGUACUAGAAGAUGGAAAGGAAGUUGCUGUUAAAAGGCUUAGCAAGGGUUCUGAUCAGGGGAUAAAGCAUUUUAGAAAUGAAGUGGUUCUUAUUGCCAAAUUGCAGCACAAGAAUCUAGUUAGACUUCUUAAAUGUUGUAUUCAUGAGGAUGAGAAGUUGCUUAUUUAUGAAUACUUACCCAACAAAAGCCUGGACCAGUUUCUUUUUGAUAUUGCAAGGAAGUUUAUGCUUGAUUGGCCAAAGAGGUUCAACAUAAUCAAAGGGGUAGCUAGAGGACUUAUGUAUCUCCACCAAGAUUCGAGAACGACUAUAAUCCAUAGAGACCUCAAGCCAAGCAACAUCCUGCUAGACGUGGAGAUGAACCCAAAAAUAUCAGAUUUUGGAAUGGCAAGGAUCUUUGGGGGCAACGAACAACAAGAAAGUACCAGACGAGUUGUUGGCACGUACGGGUACAUGUCGCCUGAGUAUGCGAUGGAGGGCAUUUUUUCCGUCAAGUCGGACACCUACAGCUUUGGUAUUUUGCUACUAGAGAUUGCAUGGAACUUGUGGGCAGAUGGCAAAGUGGAGGAUUUCGUGGACCCAGCCGUCACGGAGAGCUACUCGCUUGAUGAAGUGUCCAAGUGCAUCCAUGUUGGGCUCUUGUGUGUCCAGGACAGCUCCGGUGCUAGGCCUCACAUGUCAUCCGUUGUGUCCAUGCUCGACAGUGAAGCCAUGCCUCGCGCAGCGCCGAGGCAACCUAUGUAUUUCGCGCAGAUAAAUUACGAAACCAGUGAUGCGACAGAAGACCUGGAAAACUCUGCCAAUGGCGUGAGCCUUACGGCACUAGAAGGACGAUAACUGGCUCAUGUAACUGUGUCAUUCCUACUAGCUAUUAAGAUUUACUUAUAUUUGAAGGAAUGUAUUCUAUGGAAGAUUUGUGUCCUUCUUUUCCUUGUUGGCCAUGGCAUUAAGCCCACUUUUGUUGGGUUGUACCGUUGACAUGGAUUGAGAAUUUUUUGUCAAAUUAAUUGAACGAUAAGUGUGAUAAAUGCCUUUUCUUA